AUGAAGUCCCCCGUCUUCGUAAAGCCUCCGAGCCAGAGCCCUGCAGAGUUCUACCAGAGCUCGCCGCUGAUGCAGGCCGGUAGUUUUGAAUCUCUUGCACAGCUUUACGAUGAAGUGCCGCAGGAUUUUGUUGAACUCCUGAACGUCGCCUUUCAAGCCGCCCAGAGCCAUAUGUCCGUUAGCGGUACUCCAGUACCAAGGCCGCAGAGCCAGUAUGAUCCGAUGUCUCAGCUCAGCCUUGGAGCAAUGCGCAUUCAGAAUCCUGCACCCACCCACGGCAUCGCUUUCCCUCCUGUUGUCCUGCAAGCCUCCCGCCUGGCUACGACGAUUCAUUUGCGAGCUAUGGAACAAGGGAUACCUUUUGAAGACGUUAGAAACCAUGACGACGUGAAGCACCUAGGCGCGCUCCUGCAUGAGAGUCCCCUGGCGGUAUGGAGGGGCAUACCGUACAUCUAUCUUUGGGUGUAA